GAGCGGUCUCGACCACCCAUGGCCCCGAUUGCUGGUGGCCGAGGUGGGCCGCGUGCGGGAGCUCGCGGCCGUCGAGACCGACGGGGCCGACAGGGGCGCUCCUGCUGCCCGCCGCGGUGCGCGGGAUGCGGCGCUGGAGGCGGCUGGCUUCUGGCGCGACGCCGAUGGAGACUGGCGGCUGGCCGAGGGCGUGAACGACGACGACGAGCUGGCCGCCGCGUGGGAGGCAGACCCGUCCUUCCCUAAGGUGCCCGCCGCGGGCUUGGCGAGCAGCCGCUCGCCAAGCAGGCUCACCGCGGUCCAGAGAGCGCAGGACUGGCAGGCCAGGCUGAGCUUGGCCGAGCUGCCGCCAGCGCCCAGGCUGCCCGAGCACGAACGCGACCUCCAAGCCCUCCCCCAGGGCUGGUCGCGCCCGAUCGUGGCCGACAGCGACGACGGCAGCAGCACCUCCGACGAUCAGCAGGUCGUGCCAGCCGGCGAGAGGCGCGAGAAGGAGCUGCUGAGGAAGGCGGUCGGCGUCGGGCCUUCGAGGAACCGCUACACUCAAGAGCUGGAAGCCUUCCUGGAUUAUUGCGAUUGGGGUUCGCAGCGGGCCUUGACAAGUGCCUCAGAGGUGGACGAGGCGAUGGUCGACUACAUGAACCAUCUGUUCUUCGAAGGCCACGAGAGCGCCAAGGGCGAUCAGGUGAUGGCAGGCCUCAUGCACAGGUUCCCGGAGUUCUCAAAGCAGGGCGAGGCCAAAACCCCUCGGGCCUGGAGGUGCCUCCGAGGAUGGCGCAAGCUGGCGCCCGGGCAGAGCCGCCGCGCAUGGCCUUUGGCCCUCUGGUGCGGGCUCGCCUGGCGCAUGGUGGUGCGAGGCGCGCUGCAGAUGGCGGUGUUCCUGCUCGCGAUGGUCUCCGGCUACUUCAGGCCCAGCCAUCUGCUGACGCUGACGAGAGGCAACAUCCUCGCGCCUGCGAUGGGAGUGUGCCGCUGGUGGUCGCUACUGCUGUUCCCAGACGACAAGCCCCAGAUAAGCAAAACGGGACUGUCGGACGUCGGGGUGAUGUUGGACAGCGGAUGGUUUCAGUGUGCCAUGCCCAUCUUCCGAGAGCUCGCACGAGGGGAUCCCGAAGGAAAGGUGUGGGCGUUCAGUUACCUUCAGUUUCUGGCAGUGUUCAGGAAGGCGCUGAGCGACCUAAAGAUUCGGGAGCACAUUGUCCCGUAUCAAGCCAGACACUCGGGGCCCAGUAUAGACAACGCCCGACGAUACAGAACGAUCGAGGAGAUACAGAAGAGAGGCCAGUGGAAACAUGCCAAGUCGAUGCAACGUUGCGAAAAGGCGGCGAGGUUGGGGCAAAGCUGGUCACUCCUGCCGUCCCAGCUGCAAGGUACUUCGACACAGUGCGAACUACGUCUAGAGGACAUAUUGCUCGGAAAAGGUGCAGAGACAAUUACCCUGUGA